GGCGCGGUUGGCGGGGCUGACGGAUCCAGCAGAUCCAGGUGUAUAUCUGGCGGCGGGGUGAGUCUCCAGUCGCGCUUGAAACCGUAGUGCGCGUGGGGAUCCAGCGCCACGUGAGUGGGCAGUCGCCACAACCUAUACCUGGCCUUGUCAUUUCGGUUAGCCUCUGUAGAACCUACAGGUCUUCGGCUCUAAAGUAGAAUCAGAGUAGACUGGUGCUGCCCAUUGGACAACGCUUGAAGAAUCCAGCCUCAUUCUCCACAGCGAAGUUCUAGACUCACCGGUCCCUGCGACUACAUUUCCCAGCAGGCCAGAGGCCAGAGCUGAUGCACUUCCUCCCUACGUUCCCCCGCAACAGGAAGUAGCCGAGUGGGCUCGAGGUCGUUGCGACCAUCCUUCGUCAUCGCUGCUGCCGCUGAGUAGAGAGCUACUGUCGCGGCCGUACCUGCCGCCCCUGCCGGCCACCAUGUCCGCCCAGGCGCAGAUGCGGGCCCUGCUGGACCAACUCAUGGGCACGGCCCGGGACGGAGAUGAAACCAGACAGAGGGUGAAGUUUACAGAUGACCGAGUCUGCAAGAGUCACCUUCUGGAUUGCUGCCCCCACGACAUCCUGGCUGGGACGCGCAUGGAUUUAGGAGAAUGUACCAAAAUCCACGACUUGGCCCUCAGAGCAGAUUAUGAGAUUGCAAGUAAAGAAAGGGACCUGUUUUUUGAAUUGGAUGCAAUGGAUCACUUGGAGUCCUUCAUCGCUGAGUGUGAUCGGAGAACUGAGCUUGCCAAGAAGCGACUGGCAGAGACACAGGAAGAGAUCAGUGCAGAAGUUUCUGCAAAGGCAGAAAAAGUACAUGAGUUAAAUGAAGAAAUAGGAAAACUUCUUGCCAAAGCUGAACAGCUGGGAGCAGAAGGAAAUGUGGAUGAAUCCCAGAAAAUUCUUAUGGAAGUGGAAAAAGUCCGUGCAAAGAAAAAAGAAGCUGAGGAAGAAUACAGAAAUUCCAUGCCUGCAUCCAGUUUUCAGCAGCAGAAAUUGCGUGUCUGUGAAGUCUGCUCAGCCUACCUUGGUCUCCAUGACAAUGACCGUCGUCUUGCAGACCACUUUGGGGGCAAAUUGCACUUGGGAUUCAUUCAGAUCCGUGAGAAGCUUGAUCAGUUGAGGAAAACUGUGGCUGAAAAGCAGGAGAAGAGAAAUCAGGAUCGCUUGAGGAGGCGAGAAGAGAGGGAGCGGGAGGAGCGGCUCAGCAGGAGAGGGGAAGGAGAGAGGGAGAGAAACAUCAAUGUAUGCUUGCCCUUCGUGCAUCCCCUGCUGGGAACUGGCCUGCAGGGAAGCAGUCUGCAACCCAGGUCUGGAUCAAGAACCAGAGAUCGCAGGAGGUCACGUUCCCGGGACCGGCGUCGGAGGCGGUCAAGAUCUACCUCCAGAGAACGACAAAAGUCUUCCAGGUCCUGGUCCCGAGACAGACACCGGCGCCACCGCAGUCGUUCCCGGAGCCACAGCCGGGGCCACCGCCGGGCUUCCAGGGAUCGGAGUGCGAAAUACAAGUUCUCCAGAGAGCGGGCAUCAAGGGAGGAGUCCUGGGAGCGAGGGCGGAGUGAGCGCCGGGCCACUGACUGGAGGCUUGAGAGCUCCAACGGGAAGACGUUGGAGGAAAAGGAGGCUGGCGAGAUCUGAGUCCAUGCCCAGGCACUGUAAAUAGUCUGAUAAACGUUCAACACAGCUUGAAGUUACCCUUUAUAUUUGCUGAAUACAACUCAUUUUUUGUAGUUUAAAAUUUCUAUUGUUUUGGAGCUAGCUGUGAGUUUCUAGAGAUGUACAGAAUUGCUCCUGUGUUCUUGGAUUACGUUUAGUAGGAAUAAAUAAAUCUGACGGACUGCCUCCUGA